AUGGCGGACGUCGACACGGCCUCGUCGGCGCCUGAUGGGGUGUGGCAGCUCUUGGUUGAUGCGCACUGCCACCCCACUGAUGAUCCUCGACCGUGGGGUUCCGUCGAGAUUCUUGCAUCGAAGCUAGACCAGGUCAAGAUCGGUCAGAUUUGCGCCAUGUCUACGUCGACCCGGGACCAAGGCUUUGUCGCAGAGCUGGCCGAACGAUUGGGCACGCAGAAGCUUAGGCCGGCUUUCGGCUACCAUCCGUGGUUCACACACACCAUCUCACUUACCGAUGGACGGGACAAGGCGAAGCACUACGAGGGCCUCUUCUUCCAGCAGGAGGAAGGACAGUCUUCUUCCCUGUCGUUAGAUCCGAAGAGGGAUACGGCUCGAAAAGAGCUCGAUCAGCUCCUGCCCCAUCUUCCUGAUCCAGUGCCGCUAGACGAGCUCUUAGCAGAGCUGCGCAAGAACCUGUCCCAACAUCCUACAGCGCUCCUGGGCGAGGUGGGCCUCGAUCGAGCCUUUCGCUUGCCCACUGACCCCAAAGGCUGGACUCGAGAGCCGAAUGAGGAAGAAAAGGACGGUGAAGCAGACAUGAGUGACGAGGAGCGAGAGAGGACGCACGCACUCGGACGCAGGAGUCGCCCACUGACGAGCCUAACGCCCGACAUCGGGCACCAGGCUGAGAUUCUCAAGGCCCAAAUUCGGAUCGCGAUUGAGAUGGGAAGGAGCGUCAGCUUGCACAGUGUCAGGGCAGGUGGAGCAACAGUCGAAGUACUCGAAGCGCUCAGCAAAUUAUUCCCGAGCCAUGGCACUGGUGGGAGGAGAGGAGGUCUCAGCCGACAGCAGUGGAAGAGGCAGCAGAAAGAUGCCCAGCGAGGGGCCGUGGAUCACGGGAAUGUGGACGGGCACAUUCAAGGACCGAGUUUUGAUGACAUCAACAUCGACCUGCACAGCUGCACGCUGAGCCCCACCAUGAUUCGCCAGCUUCAACAAAAGCACCCAAAUGUCUAUGUCUCCUUCUCGACUGCGAUCAAUAGUCGCCAGAAAAACCUCGAGGAGCAACUGCGAGCGUGCGACCCAAAGAGGCUUCUGACCGAGAGUGACUGGCAUUCGGCGGAGGGCUUGGCGGCCAGAACAUUCGAUAUGGUCAAGCUCAUGACAGACGUGCUCGGUUCUGCCUUGCUCGGAGAGAAUAUCCUCGACAAGGACGCAGACCAUCGGUACGAGCGGGCAGCGGUAGUCUUGCAUGAAAACUGGAAGAGAUUCGUCAACGAUGAGGUCGGCCACGAAUGA